GUACUCAGUGGUACUUGAUUAUACUAAAUCUAUGUUGAUAUUUCACGGAUUCAUAGUUAUGAGGUUAUAUACAAUAGCGAAAUAUGUGAAAAUUAUUACUAGUACAAAUUUGAUUGGAAAUCUUACAAUUUGAUGUGUAGUUACACAAAUUAGAGCCUAUGUAUAAAUUUUAAAUUCUAAUAUUGAUAGAAGGCCGACGGUAUACAAAGAGUAAGUGAUUGGCAUGGUGAACCGCAGUGUUGAAAACAGCUUUAAUAACAGAGAAAGUCUGAGAUCUCCUUAUCUACCAGCUCCUGUUACUCACAGAAGAGAUUGCAUGUCAGCGGCAGUGAAGCGUUACAGAUAUCUUCGCAGACUCUUCAAGUUCCAGCAAAUGGACUUUGAGUUUGCAUUUUGGCAAAUGACAUAUUUAUUUAUUGCACCACAAAAAGUCUACAGAAAUUUCAAUUAUAGAAAAGAAACAAAGUCCCAGUUUGCUCGAGAUGAUCCAGCGUUUCUAGUCUUGCUCAGUUUUUGGCUGUGCUUUGCAUCCAUAGCAUUCACUUUCAUACUAAAUUUGAGUAUAUGGGCGUUCUUCAAAUUUUUAGUGUAUCUAAUCUUUGUCGACUGCAUUGGAUUUGGCAUCAUUGUUGCUACCAUAUUAUGGUAUAUUAGCAACCAUUACUUUCUGAAGCCAGCGUAUCAAGGGCAAGAUGUAGAGUGGGGUUACGCUUUUGAUGUCCAUCUCAAUGCUUUCUUCCCAUCCCUCAUCAUAUUACAUGUUUUUCAAAUGUUCUUCUAUCAUGUGCUCAUCAGCCAAGAUUGGUUCUUCUCACGACUGUUUGGCAACUUGUUGUGGGUAGUUGCCAUCGGUUACUAUGUGUAUAUUACAUUUCUUGGCUAUACAUGUUUGCCAAUCCUACAGAGGACGCAGGUACUGCUAUAUCCCAUGGUGCCUGUACUGCUAUAUCCCAUGGUGCCUGUACUGCUAAUCUUCAUAGUCUCUCUGGCCACUGGCUGGAAUGUUACUCAGACAGUCAUGGACUUUUACCAUUACAGAGUGGUGUAGGUAGUGUGUCAAUAACCACAAACUGAAUAUUGUACAUAUUGUUUUCUUUAUACAUAGAAUAUUUAUGCGACUACUAUACAUUGUUUAUUUGUAAAUAAUAUCUUUUAAUAAAAUUAUGAAUUUGUACAGAA